UUUAGAAUGUUCCUUGCUUUUCAUUCCCGAGCUGAGUUAGUUUUUGGUUUUUAGGAUAUUUUAUGAUUGUACCGAUCUGUCAAUGACAUCUUAUUUGCCUGGCCGCCCAUUUUCGCACGAUGGCAAUAAGAUAUACGAAGUAGUAAACGAGCGACAAUUCCGCAAGAUAAAUGGUAUGGUGGAGACUUCUUCGCGCGAAAUGCGCGGCAAAAAAUCCUCAGCUAUGCAAGUUGCUAACUUGUGUCUUGAUUUCUCUACUAAAUGAUUUUGUGGUUUUUCUACACAGAUACAUCGGUACUGCAUCCGUACGAACCAGUCGGUUGUUUCAAAGAUAAAAGAAAUCGACGCGUUCUACCAAUACAAGUCAAAUCGUUCUCUGACAUGAUCAACGAGAAAGAUUUGGCCAAUUCAUUCGCCGACAUAAUUCACGCGUGUGCUACUGAAGUCUUUGAGAUUGGCUACUGGUAUUUUGGCGUGGAAUAUCGCCACCAGUGCUGGAGUGGGGUGAACGGUAGUAGGACUUACAACAGAUACGGGAGAUCCGACAAUUGUUCAUCAAAUUAUAGCGUGGGAGCUACAUGGACCAUAUUUGUUUACCGCUUUGUUGAAGUGAAUGGGAGCUGGAGCCAGUGGUCGUCAUGGCAACCAUGCAGUGUGACGUGUGGAGGGGGAAACAGGACGCGGGCUCGCGCAUGCUCUAAUCCAGCGCCAAAAUGGAAUGGAAAAGAUUGCCCUGGGACAAAUCUAUCCACAGAGAGCUGCAAUUUACACAAAUGUAAAGACUCUACAGGAGCUAAUAUCCUUCACAACAAUGGUCAGAGCACUGGGAAAUCCAUUUUGUUACUGGUAGCGAAGAUUUUGGGCAGCUCCAUUUUGGCUUUGCUAUGUUUAAGUGGAGCUUUAUGGUUUGGUUUUAGAUAUCGUAGGAAGAAUCGAUCCAAUUCAGAACUCUUCCAGGAUCCGUGGGAAGUCCGUUUUGAUGACAUUUUGUUGCAUCGGAUUAUUGGAGAAGGAGCGUUUGGGAAAGUAUAUAAUGGCAGGCUUUUGAAACAAACUAUGGAGGUUGGAAAAGGGAGGAAAUCUUUGCAACGUAAGACGGACAAGGAGCAGCAGGAAAUGAAGAUUGGCCUUGCCGUUGCUGUGAAAAUGUUGCAAAAUGGUGCCACAGAAGAACAAAUGCAGGAAUUCCUAGAGGAAAUAAUGCUUAUGAAACAAAUUGGGUAUCACCAGAACAUAUUAAACUUAUUGGCUUGCUGUACCAUGACAAAUCCCAUGUUCCUUGUGGUCGAGUUUGCAAAGAAUGGGGAUUUACUUCACUACCUCAGGGAAAGAAGAGAGCAGAUCGAGCAAGCUUUUGAAGCGACGGGGGAAGCAGCGCCCCACCACUCAAUAUAUCAAACCAAAGGAGCCAUCAAUAAAGGGAGCUUACAUGAAUGCACCAGUGACAAGAACGGAUGUGCAGCGAUUGCUCAUGAGAGUAUCAAGAAUGAUACUGACAACGUUCGUGACGAUGAUACUCUCUCACCUGCUGACCUAAUGACGUUCGCAUGGCAGAUAGCGAAAGGAAUGGAGUUUCUGUCAAGGCAAGGAUUCGUCCAUCGUGACCUGGCGGCGAGAAAUGUUCUCGUUUGUGAAGGCAAGCUAGUGAAGGUAGCCGACUUUGGAUUGUCGCGUAACGUGUACGCUGGGAAAGUGUACCAUUCUAAGAAAAGCAGAAAACUACCAAUCAAAUGGAUGUCUCCGGAAGCCAUUCAUGAUCAGUUGUUCAACGCAGAGAGUGACGUGUAAGUUUAAAACUAUCACGUGAAGGGCGGAGUCGGCUAGGUUCUUAAUCAGCGGUUAAAUCAAAUCCAAGUUAACAGCUACAUACCGGGUUUGGUGAUUUAGGUCUCUAAAUUAAGAUUGCUUAAGAUAUUCUUGCGUUUUUUGGCUACAUAAUUUGGCGAGAAAAGUAGUGAGAGAAGGAAUAAAUUUGCAGUGUUCACUGUUCAAAAGCGACGUUGUAACGUGUUACCUGUAUA